AUGUUGGAUUUGUAUGAGUUGGCAGUAAAGGUAGGGUACAUAGAACAGACAAGUAGGUUUUUCCAUAAGAAAAAAAAAGUGGGUUCAGUUCCAAUUAUCACUUACAAAGAUUAUCUUGAGUUUGUACUUGAGUUUGUGAAGCACCAGUCCUCAAAACAACUAGAUGUGAUAUACAUUACUAACAUCUCACAACAAGGGCAGAUAUUAGAGAGCCAAGCUUCUGUUUCAAGUGAUGCAGCACAAGUCAACAAAGGUAAACAACCUAACUUUGAACAUGUUGAUGUUGGUGGUGAAGGUUUUGUAGAUGUGGAUGUGGAUUUGGAGACAAAUGGCUAUGGGGUGAUUAUGAAUUAUGUGCAACUAGAAGAUGAAGAUGCAGAUGAGUUUGUAGGUGUUGAUGUGCAAGUAGAAAAUGAAGAUGAAGAUGAUGAUGAAGAAACUGAAUUUGAGCAAAAUGAUGAAGAAAAUGAGAGGGUUUAUGGUGGAUUUAUUGUAAAUGAAGAUGAAGAAUACCAUGAGAAAGAACCAUGUCAGGCAGAUAUUGAUGAGUAUCACACUGAUGAUUUUAGCAGUGUUCAUGAAUCUGAGGAUGAGGAAAAUACUACAGUGAGAGGGAAGACCAAAAGAUGA